AUGUUGAGCAUAAUCCCAAAAAGAGCUGAGAGCACUAAAAUCUACAAGAAUCUUGAGAAAUACAUCAGAAAGCAUUACGAUAAAGCUACCUUACUGCCCCUCCUCCGUGAGCGAAUAAAAAAUUUUGUUCACUUAUGGAAGAGGAUUAAUAUUUUUUUUCUAAAAAAUCCCAUUCGUAAAAAUGAAAAAAAAUUAUAUUAAUUUGUAAAAUUUAUGUUUUAAAAUGCAAACAUCAACAGAAUAGCUGAGAGAUUUCAUUAUAACGAUGACCCCCCCCUCAAUCUUCAUGUCUAUUGCAACAAAAAUUUUUCGAAAAAAAUCUUCAUGCCUACUGCAACACAAUAUUUUUAUAAAAAAAAAUUAAUGCAUUUUUCUCUAGGUGAGUUUCUCAAAAAAAACCAUAAAACACGCUGCUGUAGGCAUGUCAAUGACCUUUUCAUCGAGAUUUGGACGGCUUUUUGUCAUCUCUCGCCAUUUUUAUUAAACUUAUCUAGCUAAAAAGUAUGGAAAAAUUUAAGAUGCGCAUCGAAAAUUUGUUGCAAGAGGAUUAGGAUUAUUAAAGAAAGGCGCUAGCCAUAUUGGUGACUGCGUCACCAAAAGACCUCCCGUACGGAAGGUUCUACCGCUUUUCGACUCCGCCCAGAGGGUCUAUCCCUCUUACGAGUGCCCUUCCGGUACCUUCUUUCUCCUCCUUGCCUUGCGGCUUCAAUCUUGAGUGGGCGGCUUAUGGAUUUCUGCGACCCUGCUACUGGAGAUUGGAGUAGCUUGAUUCCAAGGAUCAGCUAUCGGGUGUCAAAGUGCCUUCCUUCGACAGCUACAGGAAAAAGACUGUUUCCCUGUGGGCCUGGGCCGAAACCCCUAGUUUCUCGAUAAAGGAAUGCUAUGGGUCCUCGGAUACAAAGGACGUUGUUGAGCACCUCCAUUUCCAACAACAGGAAAGCAGCCAAAACCUACCCGGAUACACACUUCUUGAGCCUGCGUCUGAUUCUCGGCUCGGAGUCCGUCCCAGCUCGCUGUAGCCAUAAGGUCUGGACUACUGCGCCAAGAGGGCAGGUUGGCAAAGUGUCGCCAUUUUAAUGUAUAUAAUUUGUUGCAAGAGACAUGAAAAUUAUUAUUUUUUUUAUAUAAAAAUUUUAUAUUAAAAAAUUGCAUUUUUGUUGCAAUAGACAUGAAGAUUGAGGGGGUCAUCGUUACUAGUUAUCAUUUAUAUAUCAAAAUAAUUUUUCAUAAAGUUUUUGUUUGCUUACUGAGGAUGCUUUUUACGGAUUUUUCAAAUGGCAUGUUCGCUAACUGAGGAAGGGGGAGUUAGUUAGAAAGAGUUGGCCCUUUCAUUAUGGAUGCUGAGCAGACAAGAGAACGCUUCAUCCAAGCAGGCAGCCCUAGUGGUGAUCAAAUUCCUCAAUACCUUCAAUCGCUUUCAGUAUAUUACAGAUACGUUAAAGCCUUAGAAAACCGUUUACCUCUUUCCUCAACCAAUAUAAAGUUCACCUGGCUUGACUCCUUAAGCAAAAGAAAAAUGCAAGACUCCAAUUUCCUGAUCGAAAAAAUAGGCAUUUUAUAUAAUAUUGGUGCUGCAUACAGCAAACAAGGUGCCGAUAUCAACUUAAGUUCUGCAGACGGCCAUAAGCUUGCCUUAAACUACUUCCAAGUCGCCGCAGGGUGCUUUAACGAGGUGAGAAAAUUAGCUGUCGAGGUCAGGCAGUCAGCCACUAUUGAUAUUUCUCCAGAACACUUGACUUUUGCUACUUAUAUUUUAUUAGCUCAAGCCUACUUUUGUAUGUAUGACAAGCUAGAUAAAGCAACAGCGAAUAAGCUGAACCUUGCCAAACUAAGCCAAACGAUUUCGAAAAAUUAUGGCCAAGCUUAUGAGCUGGCGGUGUCAGAAGCGCUUAGCAGGCACAUAGGGGAAGAAAUGAAAAAUAUACUGAAAUUUCAGCAGCUGAGUUUUGCGGCGGCUUCGAAGUAUUGGAUGUCGUUUAUUGAUAGAGAAGAAGGGUCAAAGCUGGGCAGAGGGUUUGGAAAAGGGGUUAGCAGGCUUAGAGUAGGAUUUGAUCUUAUUCAAAGAGCAAUGCAAACUAAAAAUAUAAGAGGACCUUACUUGGAGUCUGGCAGAACUUUGCUUCACCAGCUGAAAACCGAAAAAGAGCACGCAGAAGCAGAAAACUUAAGCGUAUAUAUGGACAGCAUUCCUGAAGCUAAAGCUUUACAAGACCCAGAAGAGCUUACUAUGAUAGCUCCUAAGUUCCCACCAAUGGUAGAUAUAGUUUCUCCAAUCAAUGGAGAACAAGUUUUGCAAGCUUUAGUUCCUCCAGCAAUUUUAGCACUUUCUGCAGAGUAUAAAGAGUUACUGCACAAUAUGAUUUUAGAAGAAUCAGAUAAGGUAGCUGCCGCUACUAGAAAUACAACCCAAGCAUUGGAGUCAAUGAAUUUGCCUCACAAAUUGGAUGCAAUAACUGUCGACAAUGGACUUCCAGAUUCAGUAUGGAAAAAAGUCCAGCAAGUACAAAGCUAUGGAGGUUUCGCACAUAUUGAAAAUGGGAUCAAUAGUCUUAGACAACUCAGUGAAAACAGUCAAAAGUUCAUCGCAGAACUGGAAAGUAUGGUUAUUAGAGAAGAUGAGGAAGAUAGAAGCCUCAGACAAAUGUAUGGAAGUCAAUGGGGUAGAGCCCAUAGUGCCGCCGUUAAUACUCAUCUUACCAGUGAUUUAGAAAAAUAUAAACAGAAGCUUAUACAAGCAAUAAAUCUCGACAGGACUAAUUACCAGAUUCUAGAAACUAAUAAUGAAGCUUUACAGCUGUUAAAGAAAUCUAAGGUUGAGCUUGACCAAAUGAUGCCUCCAGUUGAAAAUAUAGGCCAGGAACAAAGUCCUGUAGUUCAAGCUUUGAAAGGAGCUUUAGCAACAGUUGACCAAACUCAAAAAUCACUUCAAGACCAAAUGGCUUCUCUUACAUCUCAAGCAGAUCAAGACAAUAUAAUUGAGCAUCUAAUGGUCAUUGAAGAAACCAAAACACCUAAAGAGCCUAUUUUCCAACAAGAAAUCUCGAAAUUCAGUCCUCAAAGAGAAGGGCUAUUAAAUACAGCAAAUCAGCUGAGACAGACUAUUGAUGCAGUUGCGAGCGCAAAUUCAGCUUUUGAUAGAGAAAGAGGAAGCUACCAAAGUAACCCAGUAAGAGUGCAGCUAUUGCAAAACUUAGAAACUGCUGUCAAAAUUUAUAAUGAGCUUUCAGCAAAUCUGGCACAAGGGCACCAGUUUUAUACGAAUCUUUCUCAGCAUUUGAGCGUUCUGCAGCAGAAAGUUUCUGAUUUCGUUUAUUCGAGAAAUCUUGAGAAAAAUGAUUUGUUUGCAAAAUUAAGCCAGUCUGGAUUCCCACAAGGUGGAGCCCAAAACCAGUAUCGUCCUUCUUAUGGACAGCAGCCAAAUCCAUACCCUUCAGCACAUUCAAAUCCUUAUCCAUCAGCACAGUCAGGAUAUCCGCAGUAUCCACCUCCCCCUCCUCCAGGAGCAUAUUACCCUCCUUAUCCAGGAAAAUAA